GUAUUGUAUGGUGCGUAGGCCUCGGCGCGCGGCUGAUGUGCGCGCGCCGUCCUCCUCGCGCUCCCAUUGGCCGCUAAAACUUGUUGGAGCGUUUUCCUCUCGAAUAAGAAGAACCCCAGGAACCUAUCGCUGCGUUCGUCGCGUCCCCCGUCUCAAGCCCGCCUGGUCCAGAUUUGUCCGGGAACGUGAAGCAGUCCAGCCUCCCCGCCGUUUAAAUAAGCUAAUGUCAGAGACGGGCCACUACACCGCCCGUCAGCGUACUUUAAGAACUUUCAGACUGAAUAUGUUCUGGUUUCGCUCCUUCGCUGCACGUUGGACCUCUUAGCCUCGUUCUCUCCGCCGAACUCUUGUGACCAACAGGGUUACACUUAAUUGGAGCUUUUAAGGCGUCCGCCCUGUUCUUCGCGUCCUCCGCGUCGUCUUCGCUCCACUAUGUCGUCUCUGCCAGGGACGGUACCGCGGAUGAUGCGCCCGACUCCCGGACAGAACUACCCCCGCACCGGAUUCCCUCUGGAAGUGUCCACUCCUCUGGGCCAGGGACGGGUCAACCAGCUCGGAGGGGUCUUCAUCAACGGCCGCCCGCUUCCGAACCACAUCCGACACAAGAUAGUAGAGAUGGCCCAUCACGGGAUCAGGCCCUGCGUCAUCUCCCGCCAGCUGCGGGUCUCUCACGGCUGCGUGUCCAAGAUCCUCUGCCGCUACCAGGAGACCGGUUCGAUCCGGCCCGGAGCGAUAGGCGGCAGCAAGCCCAGGCAGGUAGCCACGCCGGACGUGGAGAAGCGAAUAGAGGAAUACAAGCGGGACAACCCCGGUAUGUUCAGCUGGGAGAUCCGGGACAAGCUGUUGAAGGACGGUGUGUGUGACAGAAGCACAGUCCCUUCAGGUGAGGCCUCCUCUGUGAGUUCGAUCAGCCGCGUGCUCCGAGCUCGGUUCGGGAGAAAAGACGAUGAGGAUGAGUGUGACAAAAAAGAGGAGGACGGAGAGAAGAAAACCAAACACAGCAUCGACGGCAUCCUCGGUGACAAAGGCAGUCGGACAGAUGAAAUGUCAGAUGUUGAGUCAGAGCCAGACCUCCCCCUGAAGAGGAAGCAGCGCAGGAGUCGGACCACGUUCACAGCAGAGCAGCUGGAAGAGCUGGAGAAGGCUUUUGAAAGAACCCACUACCCCGACAUCUACACCAGGGAGGAACUAGCACAAAGGACCAAGCUGACAGAGGCCCGAGUCCAGGUGUGGUUCAGCAAUCGAAGGGCCCGGUGGCGAAAGCAAGCAGGAGCCAAUCAGCUGGCAGCCUUCAACCACCUGCUGCCAGGUGGAUUUCCUCCCACAGCCAUGGCAACGCUUCCCACGUACCAGCUUCCAGAGGCCGGCUACUCGGCCAACGCCCUGUCACAAGAGAAUGGUGGGACAGUGCACCGGCCCCAACCGUUGCCUCCUUCAACCAUGCACCAGACGGCUUUGCCUAGCGGUGACAGCGGUGCCACCUAUGGCCUGACCUCCAACCGCCACGGCUUCUCCAGCUACUCGGACACGUUCAUGGGCUCCGCGGCGCCUGGGAACCACGUCAACCCAGUGAGCAACGGGCUCGGCCCACAGGUGAUGAGUAUCCUGAGCAACCCCAGCAGCGUGUCAUCGCAGCCCCAGCACGAGUUCUCCAUCUCACCUCUGCACAGCGCUCUGGACUCCUCGUCGUCCAACGUGAUCUCAGCCAGCUGCAGCCAGCGCUCCGUGGAGGCUUCCAUCAAAGCGGCAGACAGCCUUCCGUCGUCCCAGUCCUACUGCCCGCCCGCCUACAGCAACAGCAGCUACAGCAUGGACUCGGCUAGUUACCAAUACAGUCAGUAUGGCCAGACUGCUGCUGCUGUGGAUUACCUGGCGAAGAACGUGAGCCUGUCCAGUCAGCGCAGGAUGAAGCUGAGCGACCACUCAGCCGUGUUGGGACUCCUGCAGGUGGAAACGGGUCAGGCCUACUAGCUCCCAGUACGUCUGAACAACAUGUCGCUUUGUCACCAGCACAUCCCAGUCACACUAGUCUCCCAGUGAGAAGGUGCACGUUCCACUGACUGACUGUUCUUGGGUCCAAUAUGAUUUUUUUAUACUUGUUAUAUUUGUUUUUCUACAGGUUUGAUGAUUAAAGCUUUAAACAUUCCGCUUGGGACCAAUCAAAUCAAAGCACUUCAGCUAAAUUCUGCAGUUUUAGCAAAUCUGAUUUUACUGGAAAACUAUAAAGUAAUGAUGGAAUCCAAAUAUAUAGCGAGGCAGUUUGGACUGAGUGGAAACUAUGAUACCCUGAUGAUACCAAAUCCACAGAAUUACAUUACAGUGAAUGAAUGCAUUGACACCCCACACAACCAGAGAAUGGAUGGAUGGUUCUGCUUUUUGUCUUCUUAUUCAUCAUGAUGACAUGUUGUUCUCAGAUAGAAACUGGACACUCAGCAGAUGUGAUGCUUUCACAUCUGGCUGUGACUCACAGAUGUUCGGAUCUGGCUGGAGGCAGACGAGACAUGACCUGAGCUGCUUCUCUGGAGAAUCGUUGCUACCUCAGAUUCAAAUAACCUCACUGGGAUUUAAACCACGGCCUUUGAACGUGGGCUCGCCAGGAGCUGCUCUGGAACCCGAGGUUCUGUAUUAAGUCUUCCAAGUUUCAACAGCUCCAGCUCCGAAGAAGAGCUUUUCAGUCUGACUCAGCUCUCAGUUCUUUUAGUGUGACGUUGACCAAUGAGUCGUACAGAUGCAGACCAAAACCUGUUAGAAAGGUGUGAACCGGACUGGACCAGCUGAGCAGCACAUUCAGCAUCUACUGUUAACCUCUGUCAGGUGGUGUCCUCUGCAUCGACACCUGGACCAGGUGUGUAACACAGCAUGGGUGAUGUUCUUCAUGCCUCCAACAUAUUCAUCACAUCCAAUGAGUAAAGUCAGCCAGUAACUAAAGAUCACUUCAUUUCACUCUGUCUCAUGUCAGAGUCCGGCUGUUGUUUGGAAUCGGCCCCUGAUUAAUUCCAGUCCGUCUUUGAUCUGAUCUAUCUGCUACUAGUUUGCUAUUUGCUGCUGAUGUCGGUAUCAGUUCUGUAUGACGUUGUGUUUAUCCUUUAGAAGGUUUCUCUUUUUACAGUUUUUAUCAGUGUCAAAAUGAACAUGAAGAGUCACUUGAGCAGCGACAGCGAGCUUCAGAGGUUUGAUGUUCUAGUGACUCACCUGGACCAAAGGGAAAGCUCCUCGUUCCACUUCUUCACUGCUCAGGGUGAUGGACCGGUUCUGUCCUAGUGGGCUGCACCACAAUACACUGACAAUCAGAUCUGCCUCUGUACCACAGUUUCUCCUUGUUUUCCACUCUUUGUUCUGUAUUUGAUAGUAUUUUUAUCCUGAUGUCAUGUGACUGUCAUGUAUUUAAUAAUGAUUCAAUGCAAUUCAAAAGCGCUUUGAUUUAAUUAUUCAUUCCUUAUAAACACUGGCCCUCAGAUCUUCAGUAAAGGCAGUCACCACCGUCACUGAAUCCUCUCUGGAUGCCGGUUGUGUCCAACUUCUACUUUGUGUAUAUAAAUAUUUUCUCUACAUUUAAACCAAUGACAACUUUAGUAAUGUACAGACACGCACACCUGUACCCGUUCACCCUUUGGUCCUUUGCUGCCUGUCUUAGUGCUGCUUUCUGUUUAGCUUGUGUGUAUGUUGCCAUAGUAUAAUUUAUUCUUAAGUGUGUGAAGUAUUAGACUCGUGAGAAAUGUGUAUUUGCAUUUAUUCCCUCCGUCUGUCCGCUGUAACUGACCUAACUCAUCAUCUGUCAUUAAAGCUCUACAACUGGACCAAGA